AUGUCUCUGUGCUCGAGAUUCGGGACGGUUGCUCAGUGCCGGAAGUUUCUCAGCCCAUCCGUCAUAAGGUUUUUAACUAAAAUGACAUCAUUUUCUGCUUUCAAGGGCCUUUUCGACAAGAUGGAUGCCAACGAAGGAAUUUGUUGACGAACAGCGCAGCUUGUACCAGCCGAAGCAAGAUGUCCAAAACCCGGAUCACAAGAAACCUCGUAUGGCUCUCGUUUGUAUGAUGCACUUUCAGAGACCAUGUUUGAUUAUCGCCACUAUGAAGUUCAGUCAAUUCAGCUCAACUUUGGUCCACAACACCCUGCGGCUCACGGCGUACUGCGACUUAUUAUGGAGUUAGACGGAGAGGUAAUGCUGUUUGCUAACACGACCUUGCAGAUUGUUAUGAAGCUCGAUCCACAUAUUGGCUUUUUGCAUAGGGGGACUGAAAAACUGAUGGAGUAUAAGACGUACACACAAGUAAAUUCUUAUAACACGCUUAUUCGCAAGAACCUCCCUUUUUUAGAUCGAUUAGAUUACUUUAGCAUGAUGUGUAGCGAGCAGUGUUAUUCUCUGGCAGUAGAAAAACUUCUGAACAUUGAAAUACCCCCUCGCGCGAAGUACAUCAGGAGUAAGUUUGCGCCUGUUUUUACCUGCGUUUUAAGCACCAAAAUCUUUUAUUUCUCGGCUGGUGUUUCUUUGCGUCAGCUUCCCCCGAGACACCCUCUCCUUAUUUGUUGACACUACUUGAUUGAUUUGAAAUACACAUUUCGGCGUUCAAGUUUCAUGGUUUGGUAGGAAGUUUUGCAUGGCCUCAGCAACAGAAAAUUCCAAAGGACAACGCAAAUUCGCUGUCAUACAUACGCGUUCUAGUCUCCAUAUUUGGAAUUUUCUAUUGUGUUUGCCACCUUAGCUGUAGAACGCCUAGGGGAACUAAGCCUGUUUCUGGCGCUUUGGUUCUAAUUCACCCAGUUUAUCGAAAUUCAAAUUGCCUCUUUGGGAUGGAUUGAUGUUGGUCCUCGAAUAUUGUGCUAUGAUGAGGAAAUAUCCUUGUCCUUCUGUGAAAGCCGACAGCUUAGUUAGCGUCUGGGAGACCGACGCGAGCUCUUGUCACCCUUUUUGUGCCAUCUCCACGUGUUUGUUGCAGUUGGUGUCUCGCAAGUCUUUGAUGGCCAGCAAUAUUCCAAGGAACCUGGUGGCUCCUUUUAGUUUGCGCGUCGUGGUCAUUGUCACUUUCUUGUUGACUUGUGCUGACUGUGAAUUAAGUACGAUGAUUUCCGGGAGGAUUUCGCGCGGAUUUUUCGGUCUCAUACAAAUAUCGUGUUUUUUCCUGUUUCCUCUAGUUUUAUAUUUUCACUGUUUAUGUUAAUCCCCAACGCUUUUACAAAUUCAAUUGCCUGUUCUGCGACUUCAUUGUCUGUUUGCAUACUCUCUGCCCCUUUUCUCCGUCUUCUCACAUUUCGAAGUUAACUGUAGCCAAGUAUGGUAUGCUCGUGUAACUAAGCCAAAUCGUCGGCCUCCACCACCUUUUGCGUUUUGGCUGUUCGCUUCUAAAACGAUUGAACCCGUGGUGAUUGAUAGCUAAAAGUCAGAUCAUUUUCUGUCUCCUCAAAAUCUUGCUUUUACCUGGCCAUUUCAGCCAUGUUUGCAGAAAUAACACGAAUUCUUAAUCACUGCACUGCCAUCGGUGCCGCCAUCCUGGAUAUGGGUGCCAUUACCCCGUUCUUCUGGCUUUUCGAGGAGCGCGAAAAACUCCUGGAAAUUUACGAGCGUGCGUCUGGUGCCAGGUUCCAUGCCGCGUACGUUCGUCCCGGAGGUGUUUCCAUUGACCUGCCGUUAGGCCUGCUGGACGACAUUUAUGACAUUAUCUCUCGAUUUCCUCAAAGACUUGAUGAAGUAGGUUAUGCUUUCAUAUUACAUAAUCUCUAAAACUUGCCGGUGCUCUCGUAGCUUCGAAAACUUACCCUGUCUAAAACAACAUCGUAUUUCUCACGAUCACACUUUUUAUGGCUUACUUGUUGGCCUCUAACUAGCCGUCUGAAGUAAUUAAAGCUUUAACAGAGGUGGACCUUUUUAUUAGAGGACCCGGUAACUACUGAAACUUAAGAAUGUUCUGACUUUUUCUAGUAAGUACUGUUGUCUUUAUGAUUUUUUAGUAGAUGUUUUGUCUUCAAAGUUCAAACAACUGUCUUCUUAUUUUGAUGCUCUCGAUACGUUUUAACUCGUUAGCCUACAUGCACGACUCUCUUACACCCAUUAGCGUCUUAAUAGCUUGUUUCUCGAUCAAUUGCGACGCAGUCUGACACUUAAAAGUCUUUUGCUUGGGCUUGUCCCAGCGACACAGUCGCUUGCUUACAAUCUCUACCUCGUACUUUUUAAGUCACCUCGUAUCAUUAGCGAACUAGCAAGGGUCUCGUACAUAUUCGUCCUUAUUAAUUACUCAUUUACUAACAGAAGCCACCAUUUUUUAUCAGUAUGUUGCGCAGUUGGAACCAAACUUGGCUAUUUUGUAUUCCAGCAAACUCGUCCUUCCACGUAUAAACCGGAAUAUCUUGUAAUACAGAAGCUUUUUUUAGUUAACUGACAUCCAGCAGUAGAUACUGUGUUGAGAUUCGUAUGCUUCAUUUCCCAUCCGUGGUGUAAAAUUUCCGACCAUGUGGCAUUUCAAGUACCUUAUGUUAGACCACUGAAUAUAGCGUUUUCCUGUUAUCAAAGUCUACCGAAAUUCACUGCUUUCGAGCCUCAGGUUUUCAAUAGCCAAACAGGGUUACCAUUAUAUACUGACUAGGUAGUUCUUUCCAUCCUAAAACAGAUAUCUGCUUACUGUGCCUGUAUAUCCUCGGGGUCUGAUAGCUUACGCUUGCUGCUGACUCAGUCGUCCCACGUGGGUCGCUUCUUACGGAAUUUUAGUGGAAUUUCGUCAAAUUAUACAAUUUCCCGAAAUAAUUUCUACAGGAUUCUCAUGCAAGUGUGAUAACGAGUUUAACGGGAUGGUUGAUGACGACCAAGAAGCCAGAAAUGACCAUUCCGGUCUCGCUUGUCUUUGUCGGUAUCACCUCUUAUAUAUGUUUCGGAAGAAAUAAGUACUUUAGGAAAGAUAUCACAAUUUGUUUAGUGAAUUUUCGACUUUCGUUCCUCAAGUUGUCUUCAGAUGUGAAGUAAGUGUGCAAAACAGUUAAAAUUUAAACAUGCCCAAGAGUCAUUAUUGCCCUGUCACUCCUGUCAAUCAACCUUUACUAUGGGUCGGCACCAUGUUUUGAUUGGCUAGCGUCUUUUCCACUUUUCCUUGAGAUUUUUGUACAGAGCAUCCAUGGUAGAAAGACGCUAACCAAUCGCACCACGGGACAUUUGUAUUUACAAUCAAUUUCCGUGCCAUUGUUUUCGUUUUUUCUAGAUUGAUGACCUCCUUUCCACUAAUCCUAUCUGGAUAAACCGUACAAAGGACGUAGGCGUGAUCUCGGCUGAGGAUGCUAUAGACUGCGGGUUCUCGGGUGUGAUGCUGCGAGCUUCAGGCGUCCAGUGGGAUCUUCGAAAAUCGCAACCUUAUGACGCCUAUGCGGAUAUUGAGUUUGAUGUGCCGAUUGGUGUAAACGGAGACGUCUACGACCGGUAAGUCGGUUUUCAUGGCGGACAGUCACGUGGGUAGUUAGCCUGGAAUUAAGAAGACACGCCCUCUAUCUUUUAUUGUUCCCACUUAUGAAUUGGGGCACUUUAUUCGCACUGCCUGUCAACAGAAUGUGUGUGAUGUGCUGUUGAUCCUGACUACAUAACUGAGCUGCUCAGCCACUGACAGUAAGUUUAAGCACGUUUUCUAUCACAUGCGGUCGUAGUAAACCAGCAUGCCACAUUUAUAUAAACAAUGGCAUUUGACGUCUGUCUCGUGAAGGUCGUCCGCGAUCUUCUCUGUCCGACUUUAUAGCAAUUUUACGAAGUAAGAGGAAGGGACUCAUAGUAGAAUAGAACUUGGUCCAUCUCGGUUGACAGUUGUAGGGAUCUUGAACUGGUGCAGUCAUCGUGACGACCAGAGCUGCACACUGUGGACUUCAAUAACGAUCUCCGUUGCCAACUACCGUGACGGCUCUGACUUCGCUGGGCCGUCGUGAGCGCGACGUCAAAGUGUCCUGCGUGAAAUCGUUUUGGCACAACCUAACUGCGAAUAUUCAGACUUGAGUGCGUUCUAUGCCUGGAUAUAUGGACUUACUCGGUACGCUGGGGGGAGCUGGACUAUUUACCACUGAUCAGUCGUUCCAUUGUAGACUGCUGUCCAUGAAUUCUGCAAUCAAUUUUCUAAACAUUUCAAUAUGAAGUGAAAUCUUUAAAAAAAAAAAUAGGUUAGAAUAUGACGCCUGGUUUAGCAUAAGUCAUGUAUAGCUAUAUGCUCGCUCCCGCGUGCGAAUAACCUAACCAUCUAAGAUGAUCCCACUUCAGCGAACGUCUCUUCACAAUGCUCUUUAGUUUUUUUUUAAAUAUAACUUUUGAAGAAAAUGGCGUUGUUGUAUUUGCAUCUCCGAAAGGUUUAGUUCUCGGAAUAAAAUCGUAAUAUACAGACUUGGGUGAUUCACUUAGGUAUACAUGCUCUUUGAUGUCUGCGAGCCUGGUCUUUAUUACGAAGAAGGUAGCUGUCUUAGACUUGUCGCAAUUCCUCACCAAAUUUGCAUUCUUUACGUAAGUUCAAAGGAAUCAAGUACUUUCGGAUGACAUGCGUGCCUGAGUAUUUGGAAUACUUAUAUGCGCUUUAAAGCUCCGGUGAUAUUUCGAACGAUACAUGAUCCACCUAGCUAUUUUUUAACCCAACAUUCCCGACAUCUUUAAUCGUCAAUUUUCAAAAAGACGCUGUUUCUGAUAAAAAUAACACAGAAAAGGGCUAUUUAUAUCAGUAGUUCAUGGGGUAAAUACUUGAUCACAGACAGAUGAAGAAGCACCAUCAGGAACGGAAAUGAAACGGCACGCCUGCGCUCCUACGUGUAGACACGCUAGAUCGGUGAACGAUACUUCCCUACAGCAUGUUUCUUUACCACAGCUUUUCCUGCCUUGAAAGAGAAGACAAACCUGUCGCUUGACAUUAUUGUGGGGCUGUGUUUCAUAGCUCCGCUGGUUAUAAAAAUUGAAUUUUGUUGUGGAAUAUUUGUAGAAACAAUAACAAAAACAUUUGAGGACGGGACGUCCGUAUUCAGGUCGGGUCCCAUAUUCCACAUGACUUUCGCUAAGCAUAACUUCAGCCGAUAAAGGCGAGUCUCGAUUGCAAUUAUACAGAGGUUAUAUCACGACAAUUCUAACUAUUCAAUAAAAGCAAGUAGCAAGUCUGUAGGCGUAAAUUGCAGGGGUGUCGCCACACGCCUCAUUCUCACGCCGAGAGUAGAAUCUAGAGUCUAGUCCAGUGAUCUAGGCUAAUAUAUCUGGUAUUGAAGAAGGAGACACGAUCGCUGGGACAAGAACUUUAUUAUCCUGACGUUUCGGAUUCCUGUUGAAACCCAUCAUCAGAGACAAAAUGAGAUGGGUUCGAGCAGUAAUCCGAAACGUUAGGCUAAUAAAGCUCCUGUCCCAGCGAUCCUGUCACCUUCUUCAAGACUGCCUCCUGGGACUCAUCUCUCCGCUUCUAUUGGCUUCAAUAUCUGAUCGUCUUGGCCCAGUACUGGUCUGCAGCUAGUCGACGAUGGUCCUUGAAGUUUCGCUUGUUUUUAUCGCCAAUACUCCUCAAGCACUGCUUCCUACCAAAGUCACCCCGUAACACGGCGGGUGUUCCCUUGACUGUAGUAUACGCUAAACGUUACUUGUCGCUAACCGAAAUGUUUAGUUAAAAUUCCGAAUAGAAAAUACCUCCUAAAUGAGGUUGAUAUACUGGGACACGGUUCGCUCAGCCAUUGUAACGAGCCAGCUGUCGGCCAAUCAUCGUCUCUGCCUAAUUAGUGUGCUUAAUUAAUCUACUGCAAGAGUGAUUGCCAUACUGUAUCUGCCAAAAGAGUCGCCUGAAUCGCUUUGAUACAGUGAGGCUGGAAUAGAUCACCAGGAUCUUGAUUUAAUGGACCAGAGUCUGGGAUUCGAGCUUCGGACAGGCAGCAGACAGUCACUGUCUACUGACGAAGACUCUUCGCCGUCUGACUUUAUCUAUCAGGGUUUAGAAAAGUUCGCACAUUCUGGCAUCCAGUGCCAACGAUCAGUUGCAGAUUGAGUGAUUCAGCUCGCAUACUAUUCGCCUGCACUGCAAGCUGGGGGUGCGAAGCAUGACAGCUCUCUCACACCGUAGAAUUGGUCGUAAUACCCGAAUCGUACUUUUCAUGAGAUUUUAUUGGAAAUUUCGAGUGCGGACGCACGCUUAACAGCCGCUCGGGUUGUUUAUUCAGGGUUUCUUCUAGGGCUUUGACCUAAGCGCCUAACUGCAAGGAAAUGGUGGCACUCCACGGUCGUCAUGUCGCGGCGUCAUCAUAGAACUUUGUGAUAUUUUACGGGGUGACCGGCAUGUCAGACCCCAUCCCCUGCCGUACCCUUGUGACACUUCCUCUGUUAGUUCGCAAGCGUUUAUCCGUUGGGCGUAUAGUGCCUCAACCGCGUAGAGCAUCCCGUCCCGGGCACACACGCCGCCUUGGCAAUCACCUGGUCCUGGUUUGCAAGCGUGUAGAAUGCACGCGAAUUCAGCUCCCAGGCGUUCACAGACCCCGCGAUCACCCAAUUAACUCCUUAGGCUGGCGCUGAACGACACGCGAAAAACACCUAGUCAUUGCACCCGCAUCGCCCCUGCGGAGAGACGUGCGCUCAAGCCUUGAACCUGCCACGCCUUCAGGACUCUGACCACUAUCAAGCUUCUCCCUCUAAACAGGACUGAGCCCUAGGCUUCUUGUGGGUAGGCCACACCCAUUAUUCUAACCGCAACGUGCCGGUAGCCAGCUUAGUUCACGACUAACCUUCAUUGAAUGCCGUCAGGCAGCUAGGAGCUAGACUGUCGAAAGGACCCACCUUUGCAGGAUAGGGGUUAGUGUGAAUACUCUGCAAACGAUAGUGAUAAACUUGCACAAAUAAACACGCAACAGUCCCAAAGGAUUUAAUAAUUCAGAUUUUUACAGCCAACGGGCCUCCUGCCCUCAGAAACCAGACUUAAAUAAGACCUAAUUCCCUACAAAAUGAACAUGAUAGGUGCACUUUUAUACAUCCUUUUCAGGCAGGAUAUUAAUCAAGUGAAAUAAUGCUACCUCUGUGUUGAUUCCUCCUUGGUGGGAUUUCCAUAGGUCCCUGGGAACUGAUACCUCAGCCUCUAAAUUAUCCAUAGUGUUAGUUGAGUUUCAAGGAUCCUGUCCCUCCUUACUGGCUAGUACGCCAGUCCUAAAAGCUGGAGAUUAAAAUCUGACUUGUCACUGCGAAUGCGAUUUCCUCAUGUUAAGUUACUAGGUCCAGGUCGCCUUUGAUCACCGACAGGGAUCGGCUUAGUUGUUAGUCGCAGUCCCAAAUGGAUUUGCUUCGUCCUGGUACACAAGGAGUUGGAAGCAGUCGUUCCUUCUGCUGCUACUCCAACUGCCACUACUGAUACAAGCCGGUCGAUCUUCUGUUUCAAAUUACAUGUCUUUUAUCCCCUGCAGUUUCGUUUGCCGAAUGGAGGAGAUGCGUCAGUCCUGCCUCAUUAUCCUCCAGUGUAUGAAUAAGAUGCCCCCGGGUGCAAUCAAAGUGGAUGAUGCCAAAGUGUGUCCACCAAAGAGAGCAGAAAUGAAGGACUCAAUGGAGGCCUUGAUUCACCACUUCAAACUCUUCAGUGAGGGUUACUCUGUAAGUACCUUUGUCCUUGGUCUUCUGACAAGUUCAGCCUUGCCUGACAGUUGCGCGUAAGUGCUGCAAAGCCAACUGCGUUUUGGUCUGCAAGUAAGGUCACCCACUUUCAUCGAAACUCCAGCUUAUGUCGAUUUUCUGCAUCUGUUUUAAGCGGAAUCAGCUACAAAUAAUUAGGGCUUAAUCUUGCGUGUCCUUAGACCUCACCAUAGUCACGUAUGCCGGAUUAUAUUCGUUCCGGCCUUGUAACUUUCGGCGUUCAAAUUUUCCAUUGGUCUCUAUUCCAAAAUCGGUGUACAUUAACAAAGGGCCAUCUGAAAUGAUGUAGUUCGCAUUGACGGAAGGAACUUGCGGUGGCAGCAGCAGAAGAACACUGUUUUUUGGUGUGGAAAGACAAGUUUGUUUAAAAUAUUUGUAUUAAUGAGAAGAUUAUAUAAAAAUCGUCAUAAAAAAUAAGAUAGGAAGCUGGGUAAGCGAUUAUAAAGUGGCUUCAACAUUCUUCGGCACAAGAACGUUACAUAAAUUGAAUAGAAAGCCGUAGGAGGGAGGAAAAUAAAUUGGUUUCAUAAGUUUUUUAUAUGCAGCAUGCUAAGGAAACAAAUUUCAGAAGAUCAGUUGGCGAGCAUACAUCUACUUUCGAUAAAUUCUCUUCAAGCCAGUACGUUUAUAUUUGAACGGAAUAGAAGUAAAAUAUGUCAGUGAUUAGAGAGAUCGAUUAAAGUUCGUCUUAAAAUUCGGCCGGGGUGUUGGAAUACCGGGGGGGCAGUGGGCUAAUGAGAGUCAAUGUCAGGGCCGGGGUGAGAGUGGAAGAGCGCGGACAGUCGCCCUUUGACCACUGUAAGCGCGGAGCCUGAACGAGUUUCCUUUGUGCGCACAAAACUGGCUUUCGCGAUCUGAUAGCGGCCGCUUCCGCCGUGGCUAAAAGACGCUGGCCCAGCUCAAUGGGACCUCAUAAAUCACGCGAAAAGCUUUAUUGUGGUCCACACGAUGACAUAUUUUACUUGACCUCGUUCCCAUAAAAAUUCACCGGCCCGACGAGGAUUUAUAGAAAACAAACGUAUGCUCGCCAACUAAUCUCCUAAAUACUGCCAUAGGCAUUUUCGUAAUUCUAUAACAAAUUUCAGUUAAUCGGAAAGCUUUUUUCUUGAAAAAAUGUCGUCUGCUAGCAAUACAGCAGCAUAUACAUGUCUCCAUUCUUUGUAGCAUUCCAUUGCUGAUGGCUGACAUAUAGAAGCCAUCUAGGAGCAGGCUGCCAUCCAGAUGCCCAAAAUGAAACAAGCGACGCCGUGGAGGAGUUUACUGACUGUCAUGUGACUGUUGGAGAAGAUGAUUUCAGUUCGCAUACCUUCUUUUUGUCUUCAUUGUCCACCUGAGGACGUUUUUUUAACAUCACGAAAUUCAGCUGUUCUGAGCUAACCGUGGCACAUUACAUGGGUCAAUCCAUUCUUGUACAGUGUACUCACCAAUCCGGGAACCUUUAUCCCUGGACUGUUUUUUCACUAACGCUUACUACACGGGUUGACAUUUCAAAUGCACUCUUACCAUAGGUCAUUAGCCCAGUUUUUUUAUUGGUCAAGUUAUUCUGACUUGGAAAUAGGACAUUUUAACUAGUCGCUAUGAGGGCGUGGGUGCGUAUCAUUAAUGUCUGCCGCAAAAUCUGCCUAGAGGAACUCACAAAGUCCGUCUGCCAGUCUCUCGCAUUACUUUUCGUGUAAGUCGAGUGUGUGCUAAGUAUUUUAAGAAAUGGCUGUUGGCGAAACAGUAUUCAAAUAUGUUUGAUUGUAUGGUUCCAUUAAUUUUACUAUAUUUUGUGUAAGUAAAUUAGCUCAGGACCUGGCAUGUUUUCCCUUUUAGUUUGUUUGAUUUAAGUCUUGUCUGGUUGGCUUGACUGAUGUUCGGUCAAUCUCGGCCACCAGCCGACCCACACACUUCAUUCAGCCCCACUUGACUUCGGAGUUGGGUCAUGUUGUUAAAUCCGUCUUUCAUAAAGGGGAGUGAGUAGUCAAUGGAAAUAAUUUAGAAGAAAAGGAGGCAUCUCCUACAAAAGAUAUUUUUAGCGUCAACGGCUGCUCUGGUGUUCGUUGUUAACGAUCGAAUUACACAGCAAUAUCGAGUAGCCUCUCAGACUGGUCCGCUCGUCUCAGUCACUCUUUUAGAUUCUUAUGCCAUAAUUGCUCUCGUUGCCCGGGUAAGUCUGUGAUGUUUCUGUUCGACCUACUGGCUAGACAACUACCUCGGCUAUUGUGCUGCUUCAACCGGGAAUGGAAUUACUUCGAAAUUUGAAGUUAUUGUCGCUAUGAUAAACAGCAGACCGUCGAAAGUGAAAAAAAAACUUGUCACCAGUCAGUUUUUGGUCUGUUCCCCCAGUGUGCGACUUGACAGUUAGGGUCCGGUCUUUGCAUUGUCAACCCCUGCUCAUUCACGGGGAAUUUAUAGUUUUCGUUCGGCUUACGACCACAGUUUUAGGCGGACCAACUCAAAAUGCCCUUUCAGAGUUUGCGCGACUUUGUUGUGCGGUGGCCGUUCGACCGUCGACUCCGACGAUGUCCAACGUGUGCUCCGCAGCAGGGUGGCAGCGGGGACGGUAACAUGCGCCUGACUUCGUUCAUGUUGAUAGUAGACUUUCGUAGCAUCUGCCACACUCCCUUCCCCCCCCCGCAUCCGCCUGGGCCCGAUUUCAUGACAGAGUCAAUAAGACCGGCGGCGGGAGAGAGCUCAGGCGGCUGGCACGAUGAACACCCGCGCUCAGGCGUACCACCACGUCCAAAUUGCACACUGACUAGGAUUUUAUACCACAACAAAAGUGGGGGCGGCACGGAUGCAAACUGGCGUGGACUGAGACUGCAACUGGGCGUGCUACAAAACCCCCAAUGUUGGUAUUUGUUAUGGGUGCGCAUUCCCAGUAACGCCUGCCGGACUCUGGUCCAGUCUCUAUGUUGGUCCUGCGUAAUACAGCCCUUAAUACAAUUAGCAAGGGCCGCAGUCCGAAACGCGCCGGAAGCCACACGCACUGGUGGGUAAAGAACUGCGGUUUUUUGACAGCUUGUUCCCUGCAUUCAGUGGCUACUUGUGCUUUAUGAUGGGAUUCAUUGUCCUUCAGAAGGGUGGUCUUUUUGUUGGAGAGCACUUUUCCUCUACUUUGUUAGUAAAUCUUCAUCCGGCUUUCUAUUCUCUGGACCAGGUAAAUUGUCCGCGUCUAGUUUUACGUGUACCAUGUUAGGACUUAUUUUGGCUCGUGGUUGUGCUUUUUGCCUCCUUCACCCGCUGCAGGGAGUAGCAUUUGGCGUAUUUUUUCCGAAAAAUGCAGAAAUGUCACCGCUGAAGGAAUUUUGAUCCGUUCAUUAUUGAGAGCGUUUCUAACGCCGAUGUUUUUAAGGCAUGGUAACUCUCAUCGCACAGAAACGGGGGGAGGGGCAUGUUUGCUAUCGUAGAGCGGCUGCCGCAUUAGUCAGAAAUCAUGGGCAUAUUUCCCACUUCGUAGCUUAAAUGAACUUUCUUGGAGAGCCACUUCGUUUCUGAUCCCUUCUGCAACAUUGAAUCUGCCGUUCUAAUUGUCUUGAGUCAGCCCUGCUGUCUCUUUGUUUUUAUAUCAGGUUCCUCCCGGCGCCACCUACACUGCCAUCGAGGCUCCGAAGGGCGAACUGGGUGUCUACCUUGUCUCUGAUGGAAGUAACAUCCCCUACCGCUGCAAAAUCCGUUCGCCCAGUUACGUCCACUUGGCCGCUGCUGAGAAACUCUGCAAAGGUUGUCUCCUUGCGGAUGUCGUCUCUGUGCUGGGUGAGCUCAACCUCCUUUUUCCCUACUAUUCCCUACGCAACAAUUGGACACUGUGGAGGUCUUUGUCUGACUACGGGACACGACGCUAUUGCCUGUCUGUCGUAGUCGACGGUAGGUGUGAAUGACAGGUGGAGAAGCCUUUUACGGUCGGGGUCGUAUGGAGGUGUCCGGCCAGCCUUUCCUUAAUUCCAAAUGUGUAUGUUCAAAUUGGAUGUGGGUUGAAAUGUUACUGUUGUUGCUGUUAGAUAGAAGGUGGUCACUGUGAGCUGGUGGAGCGCACAGGUGAGAAGUUGUUUUGGAAGUAGCCAUUAUGACCGGCGCAUGUGAAUCCAGCUUUCGCGGCUGCUACAUCAAGCGCUUAAUCCAUUAUGUCAGGUUAGUGUCACGGACGCCGGACGGGUUGAACAGGGCAUCGUCGACUGGGUGGACUGCUCCCCGAGAGGUUGUCGAGUAGAUGUACUUCAUUAGUAAACUUUUGUUGAAUGCAACACCGAAAUUCAUCCUAAAGGCAGCGCGCGCGAAACGCCCCGCUGAAACACCUCCGGCAACGUAACUUGACCAUACGCACUCACUGGAGUGGGAUCGGAAGGGAGCAGAACCGUUGACACACGUAGCCUAGCCACUCGCUGGAUUAGGAAGGAAAGUGACCCCAUGGUCACCUGAAAGCUAGGUCAGUGUGCACUCCGUCUUGACCGUACCAUGGAUGCUAUUUUAACGUAGUAUCGCCUACUCAAAAGUAAUUCAGUAGGUUGAUCAUAUGAAAUUCGCCGAGUGCGGGUGCAGGACCGAACCUUACCGAAAAUCCUAGCAUGACUGGACACCCUCAUGAAUUUCCUGGGUCUUUGCCCUUUUAGGAUGUGCUUGCAGUCCUCCUUCACCGCCUAUGUGAAAAGCGAAGUUCAAACUAUGUUCCCUUUCCCCCUUUUAGUGUAGAUUGAUUUGAAUCAGUUCAAGUCCUCGAUCGCCGUUAUUUUGGACCUAUGUUUCUUUGGUCAGCACCUGCGGUUUCCCAGGUUCUCAUACCGGUUUUUGUUCCACCAAUCCGUGGAUAUGUUAACAAUAUCCUCUUUCUCCUAUUCGAAGGCAUAUCCCAGGGCUCUUUGGCCAUCACUCUUACCUGUUUAACCUACUGGGGUGGAUUGAGCGUGUCAUAUACCCUUAAUUACUGUUUAUUGCUAGUUGACAUGCGCUCCACCUCAUAUCUGGACAUGUAGGUAGUCUUUUGGUACUAAUGGCUUGCACCGACUUAUCUUGACUGUAGGAUGUUUAAUCUAAACAUGUUAUAGCACACUUUAACACUUUUUGCGUUUUUUGUUUUUAGGAAAUAUGGAUAUUGUGUUCGGCGAGGUCGAUCGCUGA